AUGGCGACGGGGGCCGGGCAGCGCCCUGGCGCGGCGGUGUUGGCCGCCUUGCUGCUCUUGACGCUGCCCUGCGCGCUGUCACAGACAGACACCGACGCGGGGGGGUCCGGCGCGGUGGCGACUGUGGAGGUGGAGUCCGCAGUCGAGCUGCAGGCCGCACUGUCACCGCAGGGCGCCAGGGAUGCGAAUGCCAUCAGCGUGAGCGGCGACAUCUUCGCCGACCCGCUGUCGUUCCUGCCCACGCUGACGGUGGGCAGGCCGCUGAGCAUCUGCGGCGCCGACCGCGGGGUGAUUUUCUCGGCGGUGGAGCGGUUCGCCGUGGUUGGCGUGAAUGCCAGCGUGACCUGGUGCGACAUGACCUUUGAUUUGACGUUCAAGGAGGUCGGGGAUGGGUCGAGGCUGGAGAGCAUGAUGUUCGAUGUGGGGGCGGGCGGGUCGCUGGUCUACGAGCGCGUGGACUUCUACGUGGGCGGCGAGCUGUUUGGGAGAUUGCUGGCCGACCUGGAGGUGGCCAGGGGGGCGGGGAAUGGGACUGGGGAUGUGCGGGCCGUGUCUGGGCCGGAGAAGGUGGUCAUCGAGUUCGUGGCGCUGGGAAGGGCGGUGUUGAGGGACGUGGUGGUGAGAGUGGAGAACACGCCGCUGCCGGACCCAACGGAGCUGGAGAGGGCCAAUAGCACCAGGGGGGUGGCCAGGCUCACGGGCGCGCGGCAGAUCAACACCGCGCCGCUGGACGUCACCCUGGAGCACAACUUCACAGUGACCAAGUGCCUGCUGGAGGCGAUCGCCAAGGGGGAACCCAUUCCCGUCCGCAGGCCGCUCACGCUGUCGCCGCUGUCGCAGGGCAGGGAGUCCUGGAUGGUGUUCAGGGACGAUUUGCUGAAGGGAUUCCUCGACGUGAAGUCCCAGGUGCGCUUCGACGGCGUCAGCAUCGAGAACAGGGCCCUGAGCCUGGAGCUGUUCGACGAGGGGGUGGUGAACGGCUCCCGCUGCUCGCCCUCAACGUGCCUCACCGAUACCGCCAACGCCACAAACGCCUUGGCGGACGUGGACCGCAGCAUGCUGAAUUACGACCGCCGGAUGCCCGGCUGCCGCUUCGUGAUGCGCAACGCCAUGAUGGUGCACUCCUGCGAGUUUGUGCGCGACUUUGGGACCCUUCUUUUGUACCACCGCAACACGAUCCAGAGGGACACCAACGUGACGAGGUCCCUGGGGGACUUCGUGGGCCUGUCCGACGUGCAGAGCCCCGACGAGAAGACCAUCCAGUUCAGGCGCUUCAUGGGCUGGGGCAUGUGCAUGGAGGACACGGUGAUGACUUGCAGCGAGUUCGCGGUGGAGCACAUGGCGGUGCCGAGGUGCGUCAUGUUUGAGAACACGGACAGGACGGAUCCCGAGGCCACGACGGAAGCCAACGCGUACUACUACGAAGGGACGUCGUCGAUCGACGACGAGACCAACACCUCGGACUAUUACCCGACAUCCUCUGACUACGAGGACGACGAGCAGAACAAGAAAUCCGAGAUCACGAAGCAGGUGACCAGCACCGUGGGGAUCGUCCUGGUGGUGCUGGGGGGCUUGGUUGUCAUCGGCAUGGCGGCGAUUUACGUGUUCUGGAGCAGGUUGCCCAGACUGCCCUGGAAGAAGGAAUACAAAGACCUGGGGAUGCGCAGCACGACGUCCAAGGACGAAGGCAGCCCGGUGCCCCCGCCUGGGAAGCCUCCUCGGGGUGGCAAUACGCGUGGAAUCGUCAAGAACGUGGAAGGCAAGCAGGCGGGGAGCAAGCCUGAGCUGACAAAGGAAUCUCUGAUUGUGGCGAUAUCGGAACAGUCUGCAGGGAUUGAGGAUUCAUGUGCCAAGAUUGAGAGCCAGAUCGCUGCAGGCGGCAAUGGCGUGGUUUACAAAGGGACUUGGAAGGGGAUAACUGUGGCCAUCAAGACGGUGGUCUUCCAGGAUGUUGUGGAUUCCGCAAGCAGGCAGAGGCAGCGUGCAGUGUUUGAGGCGGCCAUCAGCUCCAGUGUGGCGCACAAGAACAUAGUGCAGACUUACGCAUACAACUUCAAACGCCUGGAAGCUUCUUCACUCACCACCGACUUCAUAGCCUCUAAACAGCCCAGCAAAACCAACCCCGCGACCAACAACACACAGGUAAUGGUGGACUGGAAGCUGUACAUCGUGCAGGAGUUCUGCGAUGGUGGCAGCCUGCGGGAGUGCCUCGAUGACAGGCGUCUGCUUAGCAGGGAUGGCCUUCCAAAGCUGCCUGCCUUGUUGGAAAUCGGACAAGGGGUGGCAUCAGGGCUGAACCAUCUCCACACGCAACACAACAUCGUGCAUGGCGACCUGAGCUCGAAGAACAUACUGUUGAAGAAGGAAGCAGGUGAUGGGCCUGAUGCGCUGGGCGUUGCCAAGAUUGCAGACUUCGGGCUGAGCAUCAAGAUGGGCCUGCUGCAGAGCCACAUAUCGAAUCAGCGAGCCGGGACCCCAUUUUACAUGGCACCAGAAGUCUGCCAGGAUGGGAAAAUGUCCAAGAAGGCGGACGUGUUCUCCUUUGGGGUAUUUUUGUGGGAGCUGUACCACUCCAAGAAGUGCUACUAUGCUGCUGACAACUCUGGACUGCGGUACCACCCCCUGUUUCCCAAAUUCCCCAUCACAUGUCCAAUGCCUUAUGCGAUGCUGUGUGUGGUGUGCAUCUCUCCCGAUCCACGCAACCGUCCUGACUUCAACUUCGUGUCAAGAGUGCUGGCCGCGCUGAAGAAGCAAGCCGACAGCCACCAGUUUUCCAGCGUCCGUGAGUUGCGGAGCAGGAACAUGAGGAUUGCAGCGGGGCUGGGCAGGUUGACGUCUGGCGACAUACUGGGCGUAAUUGCAGAGCAGGUGGGAAUCUCUUUAACAGAUCCCUCAAAUGCUGGCGGCUCCAGUGAGGGUAGCCCAGCAAGCGACCUGACACCCUCAGGCGCCAUGACGCACACUGAGAAGAUGUUCCUCAACCCCAGUUACGAUUCCCAACAGAAUGUGCAGUCUGGGAAUGGAGCCGUUCAUCUGAACCAAGCAUUCGUUGCACCACUGCAUUGCGUUGUGUCUGUGUCUGUUGCGGAGGAACACAACCCUGUUGCCCCAAGGGGGAUUGACGAAGAAUUCGCCAUAUCUUGGCAGUGCGACUCAGCAGUAGAGCCGGCGUGGCAACGCCCCGCACUCAAGGACAGAUACCCUGCACGUGUAGGUGGACCAGCCUCUGCUGUUCCUUUGUCCGCUGACCUGAGCAGCCAGUGCUGGCCAUGCCCUAUCACAGUGACAGGCAGCGAGAGUACUGGGAAGGAUUUACUUGUGGAUUUCAGUGGCACAUCAAAUGGGAGCAAGAAUGCAAGCUCAAAGGGCACCCACCAAGCGGGCAAGGCAACGAAGCAGCUGGGAAGUGCAGCUGGCCAUGGCUUGGGCGCAAACAGAGCUGCAAAGGCAAGUUCUGGGGCGGCAGAUUUUGCAGCACAAGAAGUGCCUGUUUCAAUAGACGUCCAGGCAGCAUUUGUGUUGCAGCAUCCAAUUGAAGAGGAGCAGGAGGAGUGUGAGGACAUACAUUCUGGACUGUUGGAAGGCAGGGAGAAGUCAGAUGCCUCUGCGCCUGAUGAUUUGCAGUACCAAUUUCCGAACUUAAUUUGA